AUGUCCGCCCCGCGCCCGGGCCACGUCAGCCCGGCGGGAGCGGCGGGGGCUGCGGCGGCUCCGGCCGGCCCGCUCCGCCAGGACACCCGGGGCACCUGCUCCGGGACAGCCCUGCUCCGGGACAGCCCUGCUCGGGGACACCUCUGCUCCGGGACACCCCUGCUCCGGGACACCCCUGCUCCGGGACACCCCGCAGGACUACAGCUCCCGGCGUGCCCUGCGGCGCCACCCGCGCCCGUGAGGCGGGAGGCGCGAACGGGGAGCUCCUCAGCCCAGAGCCCUCAGUGCAGAGCCCUCAGUGCAGAGCCCUCAGUGCAGAGCCCUCAGUCCGGUCCCCUCAACCCGGAGCCCUCAGCGCUGGCCGAGCGGGUCCCGCCCAGCACCGGCCGCAGCCCGCCCCGCCACCCGCCGCCGCGGGCCCUGCCCAGGAGGGCCUCGGGCGGCGGCCGGCGGAGCGGCACGGCCGGGUUCAGGGCACCGGUCCCAUCUCCAAGCUCCUUCCAACCUAAUGGAGCUAGAGAAGCAGCCCUGAGGUGUGAAAUUGAAGAGCUGAAAAGGAAAGACCUUGCUCUAGACCAGGAAAUCGCACAAUUAUUGUCCGAAGGCUACAGCCUGGAGGAACUGGAGAAGCACAUCUCUCUGCUCCAUGAAUACAAUGAAAUCAAAGACGCUGGGCAGAUGCUGCUGGGCAAGCUGGCUGUUAUCCGAGGGGUCACUACAAAGCAGCUCUACCCUGAAUACGACCUGGAGCUCAGUGACUAGUCCUGAACCUGGAGGCUGCCACGUCCUGCAGGAGUGACUGUCACUGGGCACACGUGUUGGUGUCCUCCUGGUUUGGAACUGGCAGAAGGUGCCCUCAGAAGGCUUUUUAAUUUAAAUGUAGCAUUUUGCCACAGGGUGUGGUUUAACAGCCUUGUUCCUAAGAAUCUUUGGAACAUGAAAAGUUGUACCUAUAAUUUUCUGCUGUUGGGAAAGGGAUGUAGGACUUGGGAUAAUUUCAUCUACUACCUGAUCAACAAGAUUAUUUUUUUUUUUAUUGGAAAGGUUGUAACUCAGGUUGAUGUUGAAACUCUUCCCGUCAAGCUUUUGCUUCCCUGCAACAUCCUGGGGCUGUUUGGCUACUGAGUGGAUAGAGAAGUGAGGACAUACAAAUGUGCAAUGUAAUAGCUGCUUUGAAAGGAAAACCCUCAGAAGUAGGGAGGGAGGGCUGAAAUUAUGGUGUUUCGGGGGUUUUGUUGUAUGGUCAAAUCUGGAGAACUCUGGGGGUUCUGCAUUUGUACUUACCUGCUCUGGUAUCUGGAGGUUCUGUACCAUUUCUGUAGUAAAAUGGCAAAAUGUGAA